AUGACACAUGUGUAUGAAGUAAAAGAGCCAAUAAUCAUGUCGAAAGGAGUGAAUCAAUUGAAUAGAGAUUUAUGCAGUUAUCUUACUCGACGAACAAUAGAACGCAGUGAUCCGGAUUGCUCAGAAAAAUACCAUCGUUUUAUCCAUGCUCAUUCCAAAGAUGGUAGUGCUCUCUAUAUUACUGAUGAAUGGAAGCAUGACUCUAGAAAAUUGACAAACACUAAGAAAGAAUGA